AGUUAACUUGCACUUCCUUUCUUAAAUGUGGUUAUAAAAAGGAGGAAGAAAACUCAAGUGAAACUGACUCUGCUAGAACAGUGCCGUGCUUUUCCACAGAAGGUUAGACCCUGAGAGAGAUGGCUCAGCACCACCUAUGGAUCUUGCUCCUUUGCCUGCAAACCUGGCCGGAAGCAGCUGGAAAAGACUCAGAAAUCCUCACAGUGAAUGGGAUUCUGGGAGAGUCAGUUACUUUCCCUGUAAAUAUCCAAGAACCACGGCAAGUUAAUGUCAUUGCUUGGACUUCUAAAACAUCUGUUGCUUAUGUAAAACCGGGAGACUCAGAAACAGCACCCAUAGUUACUGUGACCCACAGAAAUUAUUAUGAACGGAUACAUGCCUUAGGUCCGAACUACAAUCUGGUCAUUAGCGAUCUGAGGAUGGAAGACGCAGGAGACUACAAAGCAGACAUAAAUACACAGACUGAUCCCUACACCACCACCAAGCUCUACAACCUGCAAGUCUAUCGUCGGCUGGGGAAACCAAAAAUUACACAGAGUUUAAUGGCAUCUGUGAACAGCACCUGUAAUGUCACACUGACAUGCUCUGUAGAGAAAGAAGAAAAGAAUGUGACAUACAAUUGGAGUCCCCUGGGAGAAGAGGGUAAUGUCCUUCAAAUCUUCCAGACUCCUGAGGACCAAGAGCUGACUUACACGUGUACAGCCCAGAACCCUGUCAGCAACAAUUCUGACUCCAUCUCUGCCGGGCAGCUCUGUGCAGACAUCGCAAUGGGCUUCCGUACUCACCACACCGGGUUGCUGAGCGUGCUGGCUAUGUUCUCUCUGCUUGUUCUCAUUCUGUCUUCAGUGUUUUUGUUCCAUUUGUUCAAGAGAAGACAAGGUAGGAUUUUCCCAGAAGGUUCCUGCUUGAACACCUUCACUAAGAACCCUUAUGCUGCCUCAAAGAAAACCAUAUACACAUAUAUCACGGCUUCAAGGAACACCCAGCCAGCAGAGUCCAGAAUCUAUGAUGAAAUCCUGCAGUCCAAGGUGCUUCCCUCCAAGGAAGAGCCAGUGAACACAGUUUAUUCUGAAGUGCAGUUCACUGAUAAGAUGGGGAAAUCCAGCACACAGGACAGUAAACCCCCUGCAACUUCAAGCUAUGAAAUUGUGAUCUAGGCUGCUGGGCUGAAUUCUCCCUCUGGAAACUGAGUUACAACCACCAAUACCGGCAGGUUCCCUGGAUCCAGAUCUUCUCUGCCCAGCUGUUACUGGGAGAUUGCAAACUGCCACAUGUCAGCCUGUAAGCAAAGCAGGAAACCUUCUGCUGGGCAUAGCUUGUGCCUAAAUGGACAAACGGAUGCAUACCCUUCCUGAAAUGACUCCCUUCUGAAUGACUGACAAAGCAGGUUACCUAGUAUAGUUUUCCCAAACUUCUUCCCAUCAUAGCACAUGUAGAAAAUAAUAUUUUUAUGGCACACUGGGAUAAACAAUCAAGAUUGCUCACUUCUGGAAUCUGCAUAUGACUAGAGGCCUCUUGUGACUGGAGGUAACAACCCUGCCCAGUAACUGUGGGAGAAGGGGAUCAAUAUUUUGCACACCUGUAAUAGGCCAUGGCACACCAGCCAAGAUGCUCUGCUCACAGUCAGUAUGUGUGAAGAUCCCUAGUGCGUGGCCUCCACCACGCAUCUUGAGCAAAUUAGGAAAAGGUACCCUUCGCUUGAGGCAGAUGCAGCCCUUCCCCUGAGUGCAUGGCUUGUAGAGCAGAAUGUGGGCUGCAUAUAAGCGCACUCAUCCCUUUGUCUGGGAAUCUUUGUGCAGGGCACAACAGGCUUAAUAAGUCCAAACACAGAUGACAAUGCUGUGUGGGUCUCUGUCAGAGUUGUGGCUCUCAGCCACGUAGACACAUUCUCCAAAUGGAGUGUUGGAAAAUGUUCUUUCUGCAGGGUCUAGAGACUGCUGGGACACUUUUCUUGGAGUGCUACUUCAGAAGCCUCAUAGGAUUUUCUUUCUGGCCAAGAUUUCCUUCUGUAUCACUCCAAGCAGCCUCAGCAGAAGAAGCAGCCAUGCCCAGUAUUCCCGCUCUCCAAAAGGAAUUGACCAGCUUAUAUUUCCCACACUUCUGGGGAACUGGGUAUAAUCCAACCAUCAAAAUAGAAGACCUUGCAAGAAGCAGAGUCAUUCUCCAGAAGGAACUUGGGAGAUGGUGGUGCAGAUGAUGAAACUGGGUUCAUCGCAGUUCCAAAGGCUCAGAGAACUACAGAGUUUAAGCUGAGGCAGAGUGCCCCCACCCUGGCAUGCCCCACAAACAGACCACCAGCCAGCUUACACAGCCAUUAACUCUCCGCAAUGAGGAAGAAUCAUUCACAACUGAGCAGGACAUUCAUAUGGUCAUUUGAGGAAGUGUUUCCCUUAUGUGUUAGCAAAUAUAAUCGGCUAACUCCUAAAUCCCAACGAAUAGUCCUAGGCUGGACAGCAAUGGGCUGCAUUUAGGCAGAUAAAGACAUCAGUCCCAGUAAAUGAAUCCAUAGACUCAUCUAGCACUAACUACCAUUAGCACUAACUACCAUUAGCACUAUGGUAGGAACUGCAAGGCCCCAAAGUAGGAAAUGUACAUAAUGUCUGCCCUUGUGUAGCUCAGGAGACAAUUCCAGCACAGACACUACAGUUAACGCUGAACUGCAGCUGCAAGUAAUGGUAUGAACAGUCAAAAAACACCUUAUGAGGGGGCAGGGAUGAAGCUGGGCCUUGAAGGAUGGAUGAAAUUUGGAUAGAGAAUGAGGAAGACAGAGGGCCUCCAAGCGAGAGAAACAUGAAAAAUGAGCAGGGGCCUGGGUCAGUGGGGUGUAUUCAGAGCACCUCUCCAGAUGCACCAUGCAUGCUCACAGUCCCUUGCCUAUGUGUGGCAGAGUGCCCCAGCCAGAUGUGUGCCCUCACCCCAUGUCCAUUUACAUGUCCUUCAACGCCUACCUCAAAAGGUACCUCUUCUGUAAAGCUUUCCCUGGUAUCAGGAGUCAAAAUUAAUCAGGGAUCUUUUCACACUGCUGUUUUUUCCUCUUUGGUCCUUCUAUCACUAAGACUCAUCUCAUUCAGCCUUACAGCAUAAGUAAUUAUUUGUUUUCCUCACUACAUUGUACAUGUGGGAAUUACAGAUAAACAGAAGCUGGCUGGGGGUGGUGGCUCAUGCCUGUAAUCCCAACACUUUGGGAGGCCAAGGCAGGCGGAUCACCUGAGGUCAGGAGUUCGAGAUUAGUCUGGCCAACAUGGUGAAACCCCAUCUCUACUAAAAAUACAAAAUUAGCCAGGUGUGGUGGCACACAUCUGUAGUCCCAGCUACUCUGGAGGCUGAGACAGGAGAAUCGCUUGAACCCAGGAAGUGGAGGUUGCAGUGAGCUGAGAUCACACCACUGCACUCCAGCCUGGGAGAGACAGAGUGAGACUCCAUCUCGGAAAAAAAAAAAAAAAAAAAAAAGAUAGAAGCCAAUAAGCAUGGUACAAUCAAAUUCUGGCAAGCAUUAAAUAUCAGGAUGCAGCUGGGCACAGUGGCUUAUGCCUGUAAUCCCAGCACUUUGGGAGGCCAAGGUGGGCGGAUCACUUGAGGUCAGGAAUUCGAGAGGAGCCUGGCCAGCAUGGUGAAACCCCAUCUGUACUUAAAAUACAAAAAAAUUAGCCAGGCCUGGUGGUGCACACCUGUAAUCCCAGCUACUUGGGAGGCUGAGGUGGGAGAAUCGCUUGAACCUGGGAAGUGGAGGUUGCAGUGAGCCGAGAUCCUGCCACUGCACUCCAGCCUGGGCAACAGAGUGAGACCGUGUCUCAAAAAAUAAAAAUAAAAUAAAAUAAUAUCAAGAUGUAUACAUCAGAGGCUGUUCCUAGUGUAAAGGCACUUUGGAGGGAAAAGACUUUCAGAGUUAGGCAGACCAACUAAGAGGUCAGCUGAAGCACCAAACCAGUUGUAAGGAGGUGAAAGGCAGCACCCCAAGAAGAGACGUGCAGGAAGGAGGAAAGAGGCUUGGUCGUAAAGGAUGGAGGAGUUCCAAAGUGACACUGAACAGAUUGCGUUUAUCCUAAAAUAAAACCACUCCUCACUCUGUGGAUGCAUUGAAGACUCAUUCCCGAACAUCUUUAUUCUCUAAUUUGCCCUCUUCCUCUUCCUAAUAUGCUCACUCAAGUAAAAUUCCUAGUGUCCUAAUGCCCCUGUGCAUAUUGUCGAAAAUAAAAAUCAGAAGCAGGUUAGAUCUGUUAGGUUUUCUAGAAGAGCAAACCUGGGAUGAAGCCAGAGCCCAGGAAUUCUGAAGGUGGCCUUUGGACUCAGGACACCCUGCUCUUGUCUCUCCUCUCACUGUUUCUCUCCUAUGAAUCUCCUGAUUCAUGAACACGUUAUCUGUUCACCCUUCUCUCUAGGGCUUAGUUCUUAGAUUUUCCUUCUGUAAAAUGCAUGUGAUCUUAUUUUCCCCUACACAACAUACCAGAUGAACUAGACUGUGACCAAGAGGUCUAUAAAAUCAAAGCAUCAUGGAACAGGAUCUUGUAUCAGACCAAAGUGUGCCAGUUUUUAAAAGUGUGCAUCAAAAUGGAAAUCUCAGAGACAGAGCCCUCUGGUGGAAAGUUCUAGUAGGUCAGGACAGUCCUUCUGCCUGCAGACACCUUGGGCUUUACUGAGGACUCAACUGAGAAAAUGAGGAAUGUUGCAGCUCAUGAUUCUUAGAAGAAGAAAGUGAAGCUCGUUUAAAAUAUGAUUUAAAAAAUCUAUAGAACACUCUAAACUACACAGGCUAUGAGGGAAUAGCCUGGUUGGACCAGCUUGGAAACCGGGCACAGGCAGGAAGGAGCCUGCCUGGUUUGGGCCGUGUCCACAGAGAGCACUUCUUAGGUCCUGCCUGGAGAGAAGGAAUGGCUGGGCUAUAUUUUCUUCCAGACUCAUUAUUUUUCUUCUGUUUGACUUUUCUCUGAAUUUCCCUUGAUUUGUAUAAAUUUUCUCAAUAAUUAA